CUUAAUUAACUCUAGGAAGAAUAAAUGAUGGGGAGGGAAGCCAUGAUGGAGGUUAAAACGCAGAACCCGACUAAUUUGCGCCUGCCGGGGAGGGAGCAGAGAACGGGGGGUUCCUGCAGGUUGAAUCCCUGAAACGGGGGAGGGGGGUCUUCUAAAACUUUGCCACCAGGGCAAUCCCCGUCCACUUGCCCUCGGGCGUCCCAUGACUGGAGUCUACCAUCUCUUCCCCCCUCCGCUCCCGCCCUCUUCCUCCUCCUCUUCCUCCUCCUUCUCCUCCUCCGCUGCACUGGGGGUCCAUCUCCUUCCUUCGAGAAGUUCUCCUGCAACUUUUCGCGAAGGAGGCUCGUCUGCUAGAGGCGCUGGAAAUGCCCAGCUUGGGAGCACCCCCGAGCGAAGAAGAAGUCCUCUUCCGACAGUUCCACGCACACCGCCCUGAAUGAAGACGGAGGGAGCGCACGUCCUUCGCGCUGGAAAAUGUGCGACCGGAGCCUCUGCCGGCCGGGCUACAUGGGCUCCCUCCUGAACUUGCCCUCCGCCGCCGACUCCUUUUACUUCCCCAACCUGCGAGCUAAUGGAAGCCACCAGCUGGCCGCCUCGUUGCCCGCGCUCUCCUACCCGAGGAGCCCCAUAGCGUGGACUUGCGCCAGCUCCUGUCCACCUCAGCCGUCCAGCCACGUACUCAGCGGCUCGACGCAGCCUCCGUCUUACCUCGCCGCAGCCACUGGCUCCCUCACUGGCGUCAGCCUCAACCCCAGCGGCAGCAAAGCCGCCGUGGACGGCCACCACCCCAAGUACUCCGCCCACGAAGCCGCUCCCAAGCAGGACGAGAGAGGCAGGCCGAGCCGGGAAGCUUUGACCGACGACUCGAGUUGCGGGAGAAUGGUGAGGAUGGCGGCGGCGGCGGCGGCGGCGACUCAGGCCAAAGGGCUCAGGUAUGAGCCGAGAAGCCUGCCCAGCGUAUCAGCGUCUCUUUUGAACGCGGAUUCUUCCGCCUCGGGCUUUAUUAAGGAGGACCUCAAGCACGCCAUCAACUUGAACCUGACACUCCCGCCCGCAGCAACCCAGCCAAACCUCAGACCUCCUCUGCAGGACGGUUUGCCCUGGUGCCCAACGCCAGGGAGGUCGAGGAAGAAACGGAAGCCUUACACGAAGCAACAGAUCACCGAGCUGGAGAGCGAGUUCCUCCUCAGCGAGUUCAUCAACCGGCAAAAGCGGAAAGAGCUGUCCAACAGACUGAAUCUGAGCGACCAGCAAGUGAAGAUUUGGUUCCAGAACCGGCGGAUGAAGAAGAAGCGCGUGGUGAUGCGCGAGCAGGCGCUCUCGCUCUACUAGAGACGCCGCCCAGGGAGGGGGGCGUCUUGGGGCUGGCUCUCUUCCUCCCUGUUAAUCAUGAACUUGCCUCUGGAGCGGCUGUCUCCCGACUCAGCAGAGGGACAACAAAGCGACGCGAAACGAAGCGAAGCGAAACCACUACGGAUUCCAGGCGAAAACGCAGGCAAAAUCUGGAGGGGAGCGUUGACAGGGGUCUAGCCCAAGCAGCCAGAUUCGCUCUCCGCCCCCCCCCCCAUCAACCUGCUUGGCUGUGUAAAUCGGCAAAAGCCUCACUUCUUGGCUGAAGGGCAAAGGAAGUACAGUGGUACCUCGGGUUACAUUCAGGUUACAGACUCCGCUAACCCAGAAAUAGUACCUCGGGUUAAGAACUUUGCCUCAGGGUGAGAACAGAAAUCGCGCAGUGGCAGCGGGAGGCCCCAUUAGCUAAAGUGGUGCUUCAGGUUAAGAACAGUUUCAGGUUAAGAACGGACCUCCAGAACGAAUUAAGUACUUAACCCGAGGUACCACUGUAACUAUAAUAAAGGAAAUGUGUGGCGUCAGCUCUCCCCACCCCA